AGUGAUAGAGAGGAGGGAGACCGUGAUUGAAAGGUGGGGGGAGAGGGGUGCGCAGAUCGGGAUCUUUAAAAAAAAGUUGUAUUUGCUGCCGGAGCUGUUUGCAUGAGGGUGAAGCCAUUAGUUGGAGGGAGGGAACGGGCCAUUUCGUCUUUUCUCCGGAUGGCUGCACAUCUCGACAGUUAGAUCGCUUGGCGUAUAUUUCAGAAAGUACCGGUUCCCAUCGAAACAGGAGGACGGAGCCUCGAAGAUGGACCGCCGGACCUUCAGCGAGAGGAGCGGCGGCAGCCGGAGCUUCUGGCUGCUCUUGCUGUUCGUUUUUCCCGUUUGGGCAGCUCAGGCGUCCGCCAAUACCACAGAUGUUUUGCGGUUACUGGAGCUAUCGCUGGAUAUGGAAGGCGUGUCCCUGGAGGCGGGGCUUUGUGCAGCCAGGAACGACACGGCAAAGAUCGAUGCGGCCUUCCGGAUAGGGAAGAAGAUGCGGCUGUCGGUACCAACGAAGCAGCUCUUUCCAGACUCCGCCUUCCCCGAAGACUUCUCCCUGAUGGCCACGGUAAGGCCGAAGAAGGGCACUCGGUCUUCCCUGCUCUCGCUUUAUGAUGCCCGCGGGGUGCAGCAGCUGGGCCUGGAGGUGGGACCCUCGCCUGUGCUGCUGUACGCGGACCACCAGGGGCUGCCCCCACCCGAGCUCUACCCCACCUUCAGCACGGUCGACCUAGCAGAUGGAAACUGGCAUAGAAUUGCCUACAGCGUGCGAGGCAAGGCGAUCACGCUCUACCUGGACUGCGAGGAAGUGCAGACACUGGAGCUGGCUCGGGGGGACGGUCCCGUGAUCAGCACCGAGGGGAUCGCCAUGUUUGGGGGGCGCCUGCUGCAUGACGAGGUGUUCGAGGGACACAUCCAGCAGCUGCUGCUGGUGGACGACCCCAGCGUGGCGGCUGACUACUGCUGCCUCUACAUCCCCGACUGUGACAACCCCCUGCCGUACAGCUCUCUGCCCCAUCAACUCAUGGAGGUGCAGCCCCCCCGACCGGAGCCCGACGAGAUUCCUGGCCAUGACAAGCCAGGGAGAAAGGAAAAAUCCAGAAAGAAGAACAGGAAAGGCAAGAAGAGGAAGAAAGACAAAUCCCGUAGAAAGAAGGACAGAACGGAUUCCAGCGGGAAGAAUAAGGAGGCGGAGACGCUCCUGGGGGUGUCUGCCGCGUUGCCCGAAUAUCUGCUUCAGGACCCCGCUCACGUUGUCCCUGUACCAACUCCUUUGACAGUCUCUCAGCUAAAGGUCACUGCCCAGACCACAAAAGCCCCCCAGGCUGCUGAAGCCCGAGCUUCUGCCAUCACCUUGCCUCUGGAACCAUCCGAUAUCCCUGAGAUGCCCACUCACGAGCCCGACUCCACACCAGACGUCCUCCUGACGGUGCCCACAGCUCUUCCUGCAGUGGAGGUGGAGGGGACGUCCAAACAUGCAGGGGUGCAGGAAGCAGUGGGGGAGGAUUUCUACAGCGACGUGUAUGACAACAUCACCGUCUCCACAGUAACAGUGGGCUCUAACAUCAGUGAUUUCGAAGUCCUGGAUUCCGAGGACUUCAUGAACGAGACGGAGUACAACAGCAGGCUGUAUGAGGAGUAUGAGGAAUACGAAGAUCGGUAUGGACAGGCGGAUAGGGAGAGGGCGGCCACUCGGGAGAAGGAGGGAAGACACCCGAAAGUAGAAAAGGGGCAGAAGGGAGAGCCGGCUGCCAUAGAACCGGGGACGCUGCUGGAAGGACCACUGGGCGCCCCGGGACCGGCGGGCCUUCCGGGCGUUCCUGGUCCAAAAGGCCCACCCGGGCCGCAGGGAGACCGUGGCGACCCGGGUCCUCCAGGGCGCUCAGGGCUUCCCGGGGCUGAUGGGAUACCGGGACCCCCAGGCACUAUGCUGAUGUUACCGUUCCAGUACCGGAGUGAUGGUCAGAAGGGUCCAGUAGUCUCCCCCCAGGAAGCCCAAGCGCAGGCCAUUCUGCAGCAGGCCCAGCUAUCCAUGAAAGGACCUCCUGGUCCGCAGGGACUGACAGGCCGUCCUGGCCCAGUGGGCUCCACCGGUCCCGGUGGGCUUAAAGGAGAUGGUGGGGCCCCAGGGCCAGCGGGUCCCCGGGGAUUGCCAGGUGCCCCGGGCCUGAAUGGGAAGCCAGGGAAGAGGGGUCGUGAGGGAGCGGAUGGGGCCAGGGGGUCUCCAGGGCAGACUGGGCCAAAGGGUGACAGGGGCUUUGACGGACUGCCCGGACUGCCUGGAGAAAAGGGACACAAUGGGGACCGGGGCAGGCCGGGACCGCAUGGUUCACCCGGAGAGUCGGGCCCUAGAGGACCAGAUGGACCUGUUGGCCUGACAGGACAACCAGGUGAACCUGGACCCCGAGGCCUUGCUGGACCGAGAGGAUCACCCGGCCUGCUUGGACAGCCAGGCGUUCAAGGCGUCGAUGGUGUUCAGGGGUUAAAGGGCAAUGUGGGCCCCUCAGGGGAGCCGGGGCCCCCUGGUCAGCAGGGAAAGCCCGGUUACCAGGGUCUACCUGGGCCCCAGGGAUCCAUCGGAAUGCCUGGCGAAAAGGGCCCCCCGGGGAAGCCUGGCAUCCAGGGACAUCCUGGCAUUGAUGGCCCUCUGGGUCACCCCGGAAGAGAGGGUCCGCCAGGGGAGAAGGGGCAGCAGGGUUUGCCCGGAAGCCCAGGUCCCAUUGGUUAUCCCGGACCCCGAGGCAUGAAGGGAUCUGAUGGUCUGAGGGGUCUGAUGGGUGACAAAGGAGAAAAGGGCGAGGAUGGCUUUCCGGGUUUCAAAGGCGACAUGGGCCUCGAGGGAGACCGAGGUGACACUGGGCUGCCAGGACCCAGGGGCGAGGAUGGACCAGAGGGGCUGAAAGGCCAGUCUGGGCCUCAUGGGGAAUCUGGGCCCUCGGGUGUUGCAGGGGAGAAGGGUAACCUUGGAGUUCCAGGCUUGCCGGGGUAUCCAGGGCGACAGGGACCCAAGGGAUCGAUGGGUUUUCCAGGACCUGGAGGAACGCCAGGAGAGAAGGGGAAAAGGGGCCGAGCCGGUCAGGCAGGAAGUGAGGGCGAGCGGGCCCCCCCUGGCUUGCCAGGGGAGAGGGGUGCAACAGGCUCCCAGGGGAAGCCGGGUACAAAGGGUACUGCUGGACUGGACGGGCCGCCUGGACCUUUCGGAGAGCAUGGACCCCCAGGGCCACAGGGCAGAAACGGGGAGGCGGGGCCUAGAGGACCUCCUGGGCCUGUAGGGAAGGAUGGGCUGCCGGGUCAUCCAGGACAGCGGGGGGAGCCGGGUUUCCAAGGGAAGACAGGUCCACCUGGACCCCCAGGUGUCAUAGGACCUCAGGGUAAAUUGGGAGAGACUGGACCGGCUGGUGAAAGAGGCCACCCGGGCGCACCUGGGCCACCUGGAGAACAUGGCUUGUAUGGGGCAACUGGCAAGGAAGGCGCAAAGGGUGAUCCGGGCCCCCUUGGGAUUCCUGGCAAGAGUGGCCCCCCAGGAUUGUGGGGAUUUAGGGGGGCCAGAGGCACGCCUGGCACUACGGGGACAUCUGGGCUGAAAGGAGGAGAAGGUCCUGCAGGACUUCCAGGAGUCAUUGGAUCACCUGGAGAGGGGGGACCUGCAGGACCAGUUGGGGCGAUUGGUCAUCCCGGUCGACCGGGCAACGUGGGCCCCCCUGGGCCAAUGGGAGAGAAGGGGGAGCCGGGAGAGAAGGGUCCGGUCGGGCCAGCUGGACGUGAUGGGAACGAGGGCCCCAUGGGAUUGCUGGGGCCAGCUGGCUCGCUUGGGCCCCCUGGAGAGGAUGGGGAUAAGGGAGAGCCUGGAGGUCCAGGACAGAAGGGCAGUAAAGGGGAUAAAGGUGAACCGGGACCCCCAGGACCUCUGGGGAUUCAAGGACCCAUCGGUCAGCCAGGACCACCAGGCCUGGAUGGAGAGCCAGGUCCCCGUGGUCAGCUGGGUCUGUACGGUCAGAAAGGGGACGAGGGGCUCCAGGGAUUUAAAGGUGGCAUGGGCUCCAUUGGGCCACAGGGGAUGCCAGGCACCCCGGGAGAGAAGGGAGAGACCAGUGACGUAGGACCCAUGGGUCCCUCGGGUCUGCCAGGACCAAUGGGUCCCCUGGGGCCCAUUGGAGGAGUGGGUGUCCAAGGAUUGCCAGGUGGGGUGGGCCUGCCCGGUGCUGUUGGGGAGAAGGGUGAGGAUGGAGAAGCAGGGAACCCAGGGCGAGCCGGAGAACCUGGUCUUCCGGGUGAGAAAGGGGAGCUUGGAGAGAAGGGGGACACGGGUUCCCCUGGAGCUGCAGGCCCCCCUGGCGUGAAAGGCCCUCCCGGGGAGGAUGGCCCCAAAGGGAAUCCGGGCCCCAUUGGAUUCCCAGGAGACCCAGGACCCCCUGGAGAGCCAGGUGUCAAUGGGCUUGACGGCGGACCCGGAGAGAAAGGCGACGCCGGCGAGCCUGGCAGGGCGGGUCCCCCGGGGGCUUCAGGGGAACCGGGGCCUUCAGGCCCCCCAGGGCGGAGGGGUCAUGUGGGAACCCCAGGACAUGAGGGCAAGGAGGGGAUGAAGGGGGAGAAGGGGGCACCAGGUCCCGAGGGACCAGUGGGGAAGAUGGGGCCGACGGGACCCCAGGGACACCCUGGCAAUCCGGGGCCGGAGGGGCUACGUGGAAUUCCGGGACCUUCUGGGGAACAAGGCCUGAACGGACCCCCGGGCCAGACCGGACCUUCGGGACCAAUGGGUCCCCCCGGACUGCCGGGUCUGAGGGGAGACCCUGGAGCUAAAGGAGACAAGGGUCACGGCGGCCUCUUGGGUCUCGUCGGGCCCCCAGGGGAAAUGGGAGAGAAAGGAGACCGAGGACUGCCGGGACUCCAGGGGCCCCAAGGGCCCAAAGGAGACGGGGGUGUAGCGGGGCCCUCCGGCCCAAACGGCCCCCCCGGACCCCCUGGCCUGUCUGGCCCCGCCGGUGAGAAGGGAUCUAAGGGAAACCAGGGUGCCGUUGGUCCAAAAGGAGAUACAGGGCUUCCUGGUCCCUCUGGAGCUCCCGGACCGCCAGCCACGAUAAUCGAACCGCUCCCAGUGCGACGUAGCCAGAAAACCCGGAGGAGAGACUCGCAGAGUGAGGAGAUGGCGCAAGACUACCAGGGAGACCAGGCUUCAUUUGAGGGGCACGGCAUGGAGGAGGUCUACGCCACUCUAAACUCCAUGAAGGCGGAGGUGGAGAUCAUGAGGAAACCUUUGGGCACGUUUGAAAGUCCUGCCCGUACCUGCAAGGAGCUGAUGCUGUGCCGGUCGGACUACAAAGACGGAGAGUACUGGAUUGAUCCAAAUCAAGGAUGCCACAAAGACUCUUUUAAGGUCUUCUGCAACUUCACCGCCAACGGGGAAACCUGCCUGAACCCCGACAAAAAGUUUGAGUCGGUGAAGCUGGCAGCCUGGAACAAGGAGACACCAGGAGGCUGGUUCAGCGAAUUCCGGAAAGGCAAACAGUUCUCCUACAUUGACUUGGACGGAAACCCCAUCCACGUGGUCCAGCUGACCUUCCUGAAGCUCUUCAGCGCCACCGCACGGCAAAACUUCACCUACUUCUGCCAGAACUCCGUGGGAUGGUUGGACGGCGCCACUGGCAGCCACCGGCAGGCACUGCGCUUCAGAGGAACGAGGGAGGAGGAGCUGGCGCAAGAGAAGACGCCCUUCAUCAAGGCCCUCCGUGACGGCUGCCAGUCCCGCGAAGGACAGGAGCAGACCAUCCUGGAGAUCGACUCUCCGAGAUCGGAGCUGCUCCCCAUUGUGGACGUGUCCGUCUACGACUUCGGGAACAGCAAGCAGAAGUUCGGCUUCCAGGUCGGGCCCGUCUGUUUCAAUGGGUAAAAUCCACCUCGCGAGGUACACAAGGACAUUCUCAGCUGGAUAGCCACCACCCCCUCCCCCCACCCCCCCCCACGAAGCACCUAUAUGCAUUUUCAUCGUGGAGGAUACGUGCUCUUAU